CUGUUGUUUUCAAAACAAGAUGUCAAGUAGUUAUUUGAAAACAUGAUGAAAAACUGCAUGAUCCGAAACCAAUUCUUUUUCAUUUUCACAGUUUUUGUUUUGUUUUCAUCAUCGCAAGCAUUAUUUGAUUGGAUCUUUGGCGCUAAAUCCGAAAGAUCAUCAGACGGAAAUGUGGUGAUGAGAAGUUCCGGACUGAAAUUUGAAGUGCAAACCGCCGAUGAUAAAUUUCUGCAGUUGAAGGAUGUCAUCGAAAACUUAUCAGAGUUGGAUUCAUGUAACCACAUUGUAGUGUACAAAUUAAAGAAGCGAUGUGGCGAUCUGUCAGAAGAAGACCUAGGCAAACUGGCCGUGCAGCUCCUAAACUGUCAGUCAUCCGUGGAACAGAGACCAAUAUACCCAUGCACAGAUGAAAUGGAGCUGGCAGAAUGUACAAAAGAUAUGGACUCCACGACGUGGAACUCGUACCAGAUAGUGAACAACCGAGCGAGGGCGCUGUGUUAUGCCACCCAGCAGCAGCAGUUCCGCAGACUGGCUGAGGUGACUGUCAAUGAGCUCAUGUCUUCAGCACAUGGACAACUGCAGUUUCUGAAAGAACUACAGGAUGGGCAAGAUCACCUACAACAGAUGACAUCGCAGACUGUAAGAGAACUGUACGAGUCCCAGAAGGACCUCCUUGGAACACAGCAGACUCUGAGGUCGGCACAGGAUGGUGUACUGGAACAGAUACAUGGAAAUAUGCUGGAGUUGAAGCACGAGAAGGCCAUGAUAGCUGCCGGAAAUAAAGAGCUGGCAGACUUGUCUGAAAAUAUCAGGGAGAAGUUGGAUAAAGCCACAGAACACUUGCAGAAACAAGAGGCAACCCAGUUUGAGAGUCAUGAGAAAAUAGUGGCCGACCUCACACAUAUACAGCAGAAGUCACAUGAUGCUUUGAACAAACUAGAUCAGAGUUCCGAGCACCUCUUACAAAACCAUGAAGAGAUGGUAGGACACUAUGAGCGCAUGUACACCAACAUGGUUCGCAUCAACUCCACAGUCGUCAACCUGCUGGCCACGGUAAACAUGAUGCAGAGGCACCUGGAUGAGAGAAUCAACUGGUUCUCUACUCUUCUACAUAUGGCAGAUGACAAACUCUCCAUUUUGACCUGUGGAGCUCUCCACAUAAGCUACUUCCUGUUUGCCGCCCUAGCGGCCUCGUUCCUUCAGGCUCCACCAGCAACGAGGGUGGCAUUGUUUACACUAGUUUCAUUGAACGCAACCAUGGAGAUUCAGUGCGGACACAGUCUAGACUUCGCUUCUAUAACACUGUUCUUGUUCUUUGUUUGUGGAGUAAAUUAUGUAUACAUCUGGUGGAAGAGAAAACACAGACAGAAUUCAGCCUCAGAUCCGCCAUAUUUCCUGUCCGGCUCCCUGCCUGCUCCAGGCCAGACUGGUUCUCAGGAUGCAGAAGAGACUAACCAGUCACCUGACACCACCACUGCUGGUUCCCCUCAUGAUAUACCUCUCUCACCAGUGGAAAUAAAGCAGCUGACAACCAACCUUGGUAGACUGUAUCACUCUUUAAAUGAGAGUGUUGCAUCAGAAACCUCACCAGGGCCAAGAGGUGACCGGUCAAGUAAAACAGCUGACCACUCCAGCCACCUUGACCGUCCAUCCACCAGUGCGUUCACACCAUACAGACGUCCGGAGCAGGCUAGACCAGACUCAUCUACAGUUACAAUGCAGAGAGAUGAUAUAGCGAAGGUGAAAAGAUAUUUAGAGAAUCUUGAUGAGAACACGUCAGUCAGUGAAUUUGAUAUGUCAGAAACAAGAAACAACAGUGGCGCAAGGUUCCGCCAUUCGACACCCCACAGACCUGCAUCAAGGGGAUCUUCAUCCACAAAUCGCUCCUAUUGCCAGGGGAUCACAAAGACAGGCACUCCCUGUCGGUCAGGCUGCACUAAUGGUUCCGAGUUCUGCCAUAGACACAGAGGUCAGGGGUCAGCAACCUGAUGUCAAGGUCAAGGACAUUUCUUUCACCUUAAAGCUAAUGUUGAACUAAAUUAUUCCGUAUCAAAUUGGCUCUAGUUUGUUGCUCAACAAUAAGUGACCUAAAGUUCUGCCACAGACCUAGAGGUCAGAGGGCAGCAGAUUGUGUUCAAGGACUUCUUCAACACUCAUAGAGGUCAAAGAUCAAUAGAUGAAGGUCAAGGACUUCUUCAACAGACAUAGAGGGGAAAGAUCAACAUAUUGACAUGGAAAUUUAUUCAUGAUAUAAAUUUUCUGUUUGUUUAUCUUUUAUUUUUCUUGUUUAACAUUUUGUUUAUUUGAGAUUGAAAGGACCUAAAAAGAGUUACAAUAUCAUAUUAAAACAUAUACAAGUUGUAAGUUUCAGGUAUGCAUACAUCAACAAUACUUUAAAUGUGUUAUGUCUAAUAGUAAUAUGUAUCCAUAAUGACUCAUUAUCUAUAGCAAAAAUUAGUUCAUCCAAAGGACCAAAGCAAAUUAUCCCAUAACACCCUGCUCUCAGCUAGUGUAUAUCGUGAGGUCUAAAUAGAUUCACAUAACUGUCCAAUUUCCACACAGUGCUAGACAGGUUUUGACAACAUUUUAAAUAAAUACAACUUUGAUACUUGAUUUCUUCUGAUUUUUAGAUAACUCUUGACAACUUCUGCAGGUUUAAGAACACAUUUGUAGAGAAAUUAAAACUGUUAAAAAUGUUUAGAUAUUAACAUAGAUCAGACUGCUUUCAGUCCCUUAAGAUAAAUUUGUUGUAAGGUAAAUAUUGAAAUAUUAUUAGACACAUAGGUCAAAGAUAAUCAACUAGUUAUGUUCAAGGGCAUUUUAUAACUUUUGAGAUAAAACCCUUGAAGAGUUUAAAUAAUCAUGUAUAAGGUUUGUUGUUUCUUGUAAAGCUCAUGAGCUUGCCAUAUACCUAGAGGUCAGGGAUCAUCAUUGUAAUGCUAAGGUCAAGGACGCUAGUUAGAUUCUCAAACAAAAAUGCCUUGAAGCUUUUGUAUUGUUAAGAGUAUACUUAUUUAAAGGAAAUGUUUAAGAAAUGCCUGAAUGCUCAGACAAAUUCAAAGAGGUUAAAUGCCAUUUGAUAUAAUUUUGACCUUGUAUCUGAAAAAUGAAUAUGAAUAAACUUAAGCAUAAUACAUAGAUAGUAUGAUGCUGUGGUUUGAUUUUAAUGUUGGAUGGUAUAUCAACUAUUCAAGAUACAUUCCAAAUAAAUCACUUAGAGAUCAAAACUGUACAUAAUAUAUAACAUGUACCGGGUAUAACGUGUUGAUUAAGAUACUUUUUGUACAUUCAUAUAUGUCAGUAUGAUUAUUUCAUUGUUUGACUGUCUUUUUUGGCCAAACUAUUUUGUAUAGUUCAUAGUACGGAAUAUCUGUAUAUGAUUUACCAGUAUGUUUUGCAAUUUUAAAUCAUGUUUUCAGAUCAUAUAUGUUUAAUAUAACUGAACAAUUAGUUAGUUUAAAGAUUGUUGUUGUUUUUCAAUGUUAUUCUCAUGUUUUGUCAAGCAGACAAAAUAUUAAGUAUGUUUUUGCUGAGCAUAUAACUAAAUUGAAUAUACUAGUAAUUGUUCUGUAACUAAACCAUACUGGUGUUAUUUCUUUAUAUUUUAAGGAGAAAUCAAUAUUCUUUUAUUUUUUGUCUCUGUUAGCUUGCUUAACAGUUUUUUUUCUGUUAUAUGUAUAAAUGGUUAAUAUGCCAUGUGUUUCAUUGAUUAUAUCUUUAAUGUGUUUCUGAUCCAUCGAAAAAUCUGACCCAAGGGCAUUUCCAGAAGCCAGUUACAGGGCUUGCUAUUCAAUGUUAUAGCUUUAUUGUUUCCCUAUGCAUUAAUGAACUAAGGCAGUAUUGU